AUGGCGGACGAAUCCAAGCCAGCUGAUGCGAGCAAGCAGCACCCCGAGGAAGAUGCUGCGAAAAUUCUGGCCAGCCUGAAAUCUGCCAAGCCCGCCGCCGCCGAGCCCGAUGGCGAUCUCUCUUCGGACGACGGCGAGGCCACGACUGGACAGGGCACCUCAGGACUGGCAGAGGGUGAGGGCUCGUCAAAGAAGAAAAAGAAGAAGAGCAAGAGGAAUAAGAUCAAGAAAACUCUAGAAGGUGCCGUUGGGAGCGUCAAAACCGAGACGGAUCCCAAAAAGGCCAUUGAUAGCUUGACGCCAGAGCAGAUCCAAGAGUUCAUGGCCCUGAACCCAGCCUUGGCAAACGAGCUCCUGGCAUCCGGCAGCGAGGGCUCCUCCGCCUCCACCACUGCCGAGGCAUUCAAGAAGCUCCAACUUCAGGAUAUCAUGACGGGCCUAGCAAGCAGCGGCAAGAACCGCAAGGACAUGGCGUCGUACAAGUUCUGGGCCACGCAGCCCGUCCCACAAUUCGGCGAGGAGAAGCCCGGGCUCUUUGAGGAGGGGCCUUUGAAGGUUCAGGAAAUUAAGGACAUUUCUCCUGAUCCGAUACCACUGUCGCUAGACCAGUUUGAGUGGGACACUAUGGACCUCACGAACGAGAGCCAGAUGCAAGAAGUGGAAAAGCUUCUGUACGGCCAUUAUGUUGAGGACAACGAGGCCAUGUUCAGAUUCAAGUAUUCCCCGUCGCUCCUGAGAUGGUCUCUAAUGUCGCCGGGCUGGAAGAAGGAGUGGCAUGUCGGCAUCCGGGCAAAGUCCGGAGCUCUCUGCGCCUUCAUUGGCGCGGUCCCGACCGAGAUCCGCGUGCGGGACAAGGUCGUGCACGGAUCAGAAGUGAACUUCAUCUGCGUGCACAAGAAGCUCAGGGGAAAGCGGCUGGCUCCGGUUCUCAUUAAGGAGAUCACUCGCCGCAUCAAUCGGGAGGGCAUCUGGCAAGCUAUCUACACCGGCGGUGUGGUGCUUCCCACACCAGUCAGCACCUGCCGGUACUACCACCGCGCUCUGAACUGGAUGAAGCUUUACGAAGUAGGAUUCAGCCCGUGCCCGCCCACCAGCAAGCCCGCAUUCCAGGCGCGCAAGUUUGCACUGGGCGACAACACGUCGAUCCGGGGGCUCCGUGAAAUGGAGGCCAAGGAUAUAGAUGCCGUGGGAAGUCUCCUCGAGCGCUACCUCAAGCGAUACGACCUCACGCCCGUGUUCGACAAGGAAGAAAUUGAUCAUUGGCUGCUGCACAAGAAGGAUGCCCCUGGAGAGCAGGUGGUUUGGACAUACGUAGUCGAGGAUGCUAACGGCAAGAUUACCGACUUCUUUUCGUUCUACGGCCUUGAUUCAUCCGUCCUCCGUUCGCCCAAGCAUUCGUCCAUCAAGGCGGCGUAUCUGUUCUACUACGCAACCGAGACCGGGCUCACCACGCCCGAAGAUCGCCCGGCUAUCAAGGCUCGGUUGAACUUGCUGGUUGCCGACGCGCUUGUCCUUGCGAAGCGGUUCGGCUAUGACGUGUUUAAUGCACUUUCUCUGAUGGACAAUGGUCUUUUCCUGGAGGACCAGAAGUUUGGACCCGGCGAUGGCCAGCUUCACUACUACCUCUUCAACUAUAGGGCCAACCCGAUCCACGGAGGCGUUGACAAGAAGAACCAGCUGGACGAGAAGACUUCGAGCGGCGUAGGAUUUAUCAUGCUCUAG